UUUUGGUAAGCCAUUUUAAAGAAAGGUUACCCAAGAAGCCGUUGGGAGAUACUGUGGGCGAGGGUAGUGCAGGAGCAGGAUCAAUAGUGUAUCCAACUCUGACGUGAGGCUUCUCACCGAUGCAAAGUCCGAGGAUUCUGAACACCAAAUUUCUGACUCAAAUUCAUGGCUUGCACUUAUAAAUCCAAAUGGUUAACACCCACCCUGGCCGCUAUUUCUGCAACCGCAGCCAUUUCCAUUUAUUUAUUGAGGAGGAAAUUGAGGGACUUGGAGAUUUCCCUCAAGUCCUCCCUGGAGAAAUGUGCUGCCGAGAGGCAAGGUCGAAUUAGGGCUCAGCAGGCUUUGAGGAAAGCAAUAGUACAACCCAAGUCUGAUAAUAUGGAGAUGACUUCAUAUCCAAUGAGACCAAUUGCUAUCAUUCAGUCAUGCUUCUCUACCAGGAAUGGAACACCAAGGCAACCUUUGCUUGUACCUCUUGCCAGAGCUUGUUUAAUAUUUGAUUCAGCUCGGGUUCCUCCAGCAUCACUUGAGGGCCUUGGAGAAUAUUCUCAUUGUUGGAUUAUAUAUGUGUUUCAUUUAAAUACAGAUUUGGAGAAGUUAUGGAAGGACCCAUCUAAAUCGAAGUUCAAGGCAAAGGUAGAUGGUACUCCUGUCUUGGUGAGAGUGCCAAGAUUGAAAGGUGGAAGGAUGGGUGUCUUUGCCACUAGAACUCCCCAUCGACCAAACCCUAUUGGGCUUACUGUUGCAAAGGUGGAGGCGGUACAUGGGAAUAUGGUUUUACUUUCUGGUGUAGAUCUGGUUGAUGGCACACCAGUACUGGAUGUGAAACCUUAUCUACCAUAUUGUGAUUGCGUCCAAGGGGCAGCACUGCCAAAGUGGGUAGAGGAUGAUAAUUUGUUAACCGUAGCCUCUGUCAAUUUCUCUGAUGACUUUCCUUCUGCUCUCGCUGAAUGUUGGGUGAUAGCAGAAAAGAAGUCGCUCUAUGCAUCACCCAACGAGCUUCAAAGCUUGAUCAAGCAGGUGCUUUCAUGGGAUAUACGAUCACUAUCUCAACGAGACCGACCUCAUAAUUCCCUCUUUAGUAUGGGAAGCAGUGCUGCGGUUGAUAAAACUUCAGAUUUGGAUGAUUGGCAAGCUGAAGAAGUUAAGCGUGAAAGUGAACCAGUCGCUCUUCCUUCUGAGGACAUCAUUUAUCACCUGAUUCUGGAAGGGUUGGAUGUCUCUUACAGAAUUGAUUGCAAUGGAAAUGUCCUUGUAGAGAAAAUUACACUUUCUUCUGACAUCCCAAAGAAUAACCGAAAUGGAUCCAAUUACAAGAUAUGGAGUGAUAAAAUUGGUUAAUUCAUUUUUUACAGGACAACCUUGUGUCAAGGCUUAAAAACCCUUUAAACUUGGCAGAAAUUUGCUCUUCAGAUUUACCCUUUUUCUGGCAGUCUGUUGAAUUGAGUUGGUUAUCUUCCUUCCCCUAUAGAAUCUAAAACUUGGUCAAAUCAAUAGUAUUGAUGAUGGCAAUCAUGCCAAAACCGAUGGCACUGAUAACCCUGAUGGUUAGAAAUGAAUCCACGGAUGUGGUUGUUUUAUCUUGCUGGUCUUCUGGGUGCUGAAUCCUUGUCUUUUUACUUCCCUUUUUGAGACGUCUAUUCUAAAAUUUCUGAUUCCACAUUGGACAAUGACUGUACUUGAAUAUCUUACUAUUUCCCAAUCAUAAUUAUUUUGUUAUUA